AAUGUCUUCAAAUUCUUCUUCUGCUUCCCGAAAAAGGAAGAAAUCACCAAUAACUCAAGUCCGUCCAAUUACUAAUCAGUUGCAUCAAAAUAUUCCGCAGCAACAACAACAACAACAAAUACAAAGUCCCAAUUUUCGGGGCUAUACAAUACCAAAAGUAACUAAUGCUAAUGUUCCUCAACAACAACAACAAUUAAGUCCACAAGAAACGGAGGCAUUACAAGCAAAACAGGCGUUAGCAGAUGAGAUAGCCGAAAAACGACGAUUGCGUGAAACUACCAGACCAGCAAAUCUACAUCUAUUAACACUAAUUGAUCCAAUUACAAAUUUGACGAGUACUGACGUAUUAAUGCUAGCAUGGAAAAAGAAUGAUAUAUUUGAGUGA